CUUAUAUUUAUGGAUAUUUGCAUUUUAUAAUUUUCGGAGAAUUUUCGAUAAUGAUAGUGCUUACGAUAUAGGCCGUUCAUUUCCGAUCAAUAAUACUAACCAUUUACAAGACAUAUUAGAGAACCUCAAAUGUCAUUUAAGAAAAGGGGCGUUAUCUUUUACUUGAUAUUGAUUGUAAUUGGAAUAAUAAAAGGUACCCUCUGUCAAAAUGAUAGGGGGUUUAUUUGUCUACAAUCAUAAGGGAGAGGUACUUAUCUCCAGAGUAUAUAGAGAUGACAUUGGACGAAAUGCAGUUGAUGCAUUUCGUGUCAAUGUUAUCCAUGCUAGGCAACAAGUACGCUCCCCUGUUACCAAUAUUGCCAGAACAUCAUUCUUUCAUAUAAAACGUGCUAAUAUUUGGCUGGCUGCUGUUACUAAACAAAAUGUUAAUGCUGCAAUGGUUUUUGAGUUCUUAUUAAAAAUUAUCGAUGUUAUGCAAUCAUAUUUUGGUAAGAUUUCUGAGGAGAAUAUCAAGAACAACUUUGUGCUAAUCUAUGAGCUUUUGGAUGAAAUCUUGGAUUUUGGGUAUCCACAGAAUUGUGAUACUGGAGUCUUAAAAACAUUCAUUACUCAACAAGGAGUAAAAUCUGCAACAAAGGAAGAACAGGCUCAAAUAACCUCCCAAGUAACUGGUCAGAUUGGAUGGAGAAGAGAGGGUAUCAAGUACAGACGUAAUGAAUUAUUCCUUGAUGUCCUUGAAUAUGUGAAUCUCUUAAUGAGCCCUCAAGGGCAAGUGCUAAGUGCACAUGUUGCUGGGAAGGUUGUGAUGAAAUCUUAUUUGUCUGGAAUGCCAGAAUGCAAGUUUGGAAUCAAUGAUAAGAUUGUUAUGGAGGCUAAAGGUAUGAAAGGUGGAAGCGGUUUGGGAGGAGGUGGAGAUGAUCCUACAGGUGCUAGAUCUGGGAAACCUGUUGUUGUAAUCGAUGACUGCCAAUUUCAUCAGUGUGUCAAGCUUAGUAAAUUUGAGACAGAACAUGCUAUCAGUUUCAUACCUCCUGAUGGAGAAUUUGAGUUGAUGAGAUAUCGCACCACCAAAGAUAUAUCAUUGCCUUUUCGCGUAAUUCCAUUAGUGCGUGAAGUGGGGCGUACAAAGAUGGAAGUGAAAGCAGUACUAAAGUCAAACUUUAAACCAUCUUUGUUGGGACAAAAGAUCGAAGUUCGAGUACCUACUCCUCUGAAUACAGCUGGAGUACAAUUGAUUUGCUUGAAAGGAAAAGCAAAGUAUAAAGCAUCCGAAAAUGCUAUUGUAUGGAAAAUUAAACGUAUGGCCGGUAUGAAAGAAACUCAGCUAUCAGCGGAAAUCGAUUUGCUUGAAACUGAUACAAAAAAGAGGUGGACCCGGCCGCCUAUAUCGAUGAAUUUCGAAGUACCAUUUGCGCCCUCUGGAUUCAAAGUUCGGUACUUGAAAGUAUUUGAAUCCAAAUUGAACUAUUCCGAUCAUGAUGUUAUAAAAUGGGUGAGAUACAUAGGCCGAAGUGGUCUAUACGAGACACGAUGUUAAUGACGUUUCAUCGCAUUAUUGUAAAUGAGUAACCUCAAGGCAUAAAUACGAUUUUCUCAAAAUUAUCACUUUACGGCGCAUAUUUAAAUAGUUGUUUGAAAUACUUAGAUUAACUGACGAAUGGUUAAACGUAUAAAUGGUUAAACGUAUAAAUGGAUAGAUACCAAGAGGGGAAGAUCUUUGUGCCAAUGUGUUUUAUAAUCUAAUUUCUUUCGCGUGUUAUAUUUUACUGUGGCAUGUGAGUUCUUUUUAAGAACCUUUUUCUAUAACAAUUUUAUUCUAUCUGAUUUUUAGCGAAAUUCCAACUUUUGUGAAAGUUAAUAUUUAUGUAAUUUCAUGCGUCGGAUUAGAUUUUAAUCUUGAACAUACAUGUAUUAUAUCAUACUUCAUUAUACGUUACGUUAACGACAUUUUUUAUUCUUUUUUAUAAAAUAAAAAUUCAUGACCUCUUUGGUAUCGUAACAACGAGAAAAUUUAAAAUAAUUGCUAAACACCGUGAAUGAUAUUUAAAAUGCGCUCAAUAAAGUCUAGAUUAUUGAACAUAUUUGUUGUCAUUUAUGAAAAUGAAUAGAGAAUAUCUCGAUUCAUUGUAAAGGAAUAAUUUUGUCUCUCUAUGUUAAAAUUCAUAUGCAUAAUAAAGUAUGUAUGUAAUUUAAAAUGUUA